AGGCAGCUGCCUGUCGACUGCUCCCUCCUACCACGCAGAACAAAUGCUAUAUUCAUCUCUUAGUCUGUGUUCCAGCUUGCAGCCUGUAAAACUCCCUCUAGGAACUUCCCUGGGUACUUUUCCCCACUGCUUGAGCCACUGAAUGUCAUUCAUGCCACGGAGCGAAAACGGGCGAAGUGGUGGCUGGUCCGUUCACCCGACAAUGUGGAGAAUAUGCAGUAUUUUUUGCGCAUGGGGUGUCCUGUCUUUGACAGAGGUCUGCGCGCAGACUCUAUUGGGGUCACAACCGAGACCAACGUUUACAUGCGGAGGCAAUAUAACGGGGGAUACUGGGGUCGUUGGGAGCCCAGGGUAUCCAGGGGUGUACCCCCCAAAUACAAAAUGUGUUUGGAGAAUCACGGUCCCUGAGGGUAAAGUGGUGGUCCUGUCCUUCCGUUUCAUUGACCUGGAGAGUGACAACCUGUGUCGCUAUGACUACGUGGAUGUUUACAGCGGCCAUGUGAGAGGCCAAAGGCUGGGCCGCUUCUGUGGGACGUUCAGGCCAGGCGCCCUGGUCUCCACCGGCAACAAGAUGCUCAUUCAGAUGGUGUCUGAUGCCAACACGGCUGGGAGCGGCUUCCUGGCGGUGUACUCGGCUGCCGAGCCACACGAGAGAGGGGACCAGUACUGUGGAGGUCGUCUGGAUAAACCCUUCGGGUCGAUUAAGACCCCUAACUGGCCCGAGAAGGACUACCCCGCUGGGGUCACCUGCUCAUGGCACAUAGUGGCUCCUAAGAACCAGAUCAUUGAGGUGAAGUUUGAGAAGUUUGAUGUGGAAAGAGACAACUACUGUCGCUACGACUACGUGGCCAUUUUCAACGGGGCAGAGAUCAACAACGCGAAGAGGAUCGGGAAGUACUGUGGAGAUAGCCCUCCAGCUCCAGUAUUCUCUGAAGGUAACCAGCUCCUGAUCCAGUUCCUGUCAGACCUCAGUUUGACAGCAGACGGGUUCAUCGGCCACUACAAGUUCAGACCUAAGAAGUUCCCCACCACCCCGGUACCACCGACCACCACCACCCCGGUACCACUGACCAGACCCAUACCCCUGAAGUACUCUGUAGGUCUGUGCCAGCAGAAAUGCAAAAGAAGUGGAACCAUUGAGAGCAACUAUUGUACCAGUGACUUCGUGAUAACAGGAACCGUCAUCACGGCGGUGGUGCGAGGAGGCAGCAUGUAUGCCACCAUCUCCAUCAUACACGUCUACAAAGAAAGCAACCUGGCCAUCCAGCAGGCUGGCAAGACCAUGAGCACCAAGAUCAUCAUCCUCUGCAAGAAAUGUCCGUUCAUCAGACGAGGCCUCCACUACAUCUUCAUGGGCUCAGCGGACGACGAUGGGAAGGGGAAGAUCGCCCCGCAUCACUUCGUCAUGGCCUUCAAGGCCAAGAACCAGAGGGGCCUCAACGUACUGAAGACCAAACGCUGCUGAGAUCAACUACAUACUGCCUGAGUCUCCACCCCCCCCCACCAUGCCCUGCCCACAAGGGUGUGGCUGUUCUCGUUAGUCUCCGCCCAACAUGCCCUGGCUUGGCCCCCAAUCACCUCUCAUCCGUCACCACAGGACUAGUCUACAAAGCUCAGGCUGUGAUUGGCUAUUUGUUUCCUAAGUUCGUUCUUUUUUUUCCGUUUCAAAAAAAAUGUUUUCUCACGUUUCAAGCCCACUGAACACACCCAGAUGUCACGAUGAGUAUUAGCUUGGAUCAAACAUCAGACAGGAAGGAGUUUGGUUACAGGAAGUACAUUCUUGAGGUCUGGGUGUUGUAGUUUUAUGGACAGUGUUUACCAACUGCUCUUUAUUUCAUAUGUUCACAUUGGAUGGACAAGAUACGGGAGGUAUUUUAUGUGGUGUCGAUAAAUGCAAUAGCUUAAUAUAUAGUAUUCCCUUUUAAAUGAUUUGGUGUCAUGCUGGUGUUCUGUUUAGUACUGUCACUUAUUAGCCAAAGCUUUUAUGAUGAAUGGAUACAGCAUAGCACUCCAUCUCAUUAUGUCAGCUUGGUUUUGUCGCCUUACAUUCAAAUGUAAUGUUUGUAAUAAAAAGUGGAGAUGUGAACCUAAAAAAAAAUAAUCCCCACCCCAAAACUAUAUUUUGGUAUUUGUUUCAUUAGUCCAUUGUUGUCCCAAAAUAUAGUC